AUGGAGCUACGUCGGAAAAUAGCUUGGCGCAUUUUGCCCCUCUUUUUGGUGGGCUUUAUUCUUACGUUGGGCGAGGCGUACCUGAAAAGUGCGCGGGUAGAAGAGAUUCCUUUUGCCGGAAAAAAAGUCCUGGCAAGUCGUCGCUCCAGCGGCAUUCAUCUGAUCUCCAGUCUAGAGCAUCAGCGCACAUUUCUGCACCUAUUUCAUGUGCCCUACAUAAUUUGCUUCUAUGCCGCCAAGGGAAAGUGGCCGUAUGUGCCGGGAUUCAUGAAAUACCGUGUUGACGAUGCAGCCCGAAACUUCUUUCACAACAACGACAGCUUCAUCAAACAGUUUUGCACCAAGUGGAUUCAGGUCAAGGAGUGCUUUCGCCCCUUAUUUGACAAGUCAAAUACUACCACAGACGUGGAGGUUGAGACCCUGAAUGCCAAAAUUCAGGGACAGAAGCAGGGUCAGAGUUGCAACUGCGACAAGUUGCUCCUCUCGACGGAGGCACCCGUUCCAGUUGUCUACUUCGACAAGAACUACAUUGGAAAUGUGAGCUCGGAGACAAUUAUGAAUACUAUUGAAUUCCUGGAGAGUUUCCUGCCACCACCCACUAAAAAACACAGGCGCAAGAACCGCGUGCGUGGUCGCCUGGAUGAGAUUGAGAUUAAUUAG